AUGAAGUCAGAUGACUACCCUAAUAAUGUUAGUAUUGAAACUGAGAACUUAAAUGGAGUGGCCCAUUUAUUGUCUAAUGGCAUAGCUACUCCAUGCAGAAAUAAAGCUCUCUCAAAGGCUACCAGCUUCAAACAAAAACGUGCCACUUACAUGCUGGCACUACGUCCCUGGAGCUUUAGUGCGUCCCUUACUCCUGUAGCAUUGGGAACUGCCAUUGCCUAUCACUCUGGAGGCUCACUGGAUUUAUUGCUUUUUGUUGUCUGUGCUGUGGCAGUGCUAGCUGUACAUGGAGCUAGGAAUCUAGUAAACACAUACUAUGACUUCUCCAAAGGGAUUGAUCACAAGAAAAGUGAUGACCGAACCUUGGUUGACCGUAUCCUUGAACCUCGUAAUGUUGUACGGUUUGGUGUUUUUCUGUAUACUUUGGGUUAUUUGUGUGCUGCCUGCCUCUACUUCCUCUCCAAGCUUAAGCUAGAACACCUGGCCCUUAUAUAUUUUGGAGGACUGUCUAGUUCACUCCUUUAUACUGGAAAUAUGUAUGGAAUAGGAUUUAAGUAUUUUGCUCUUGGAGACCUUGUAAUCCUUAUCACAUUUGGUCCACUGGCUGUUGUUUUUGCUCAUGCAGUGCAAGUUGUUUACCUUGCAGUAACACCCUUACUGUAUGCUGUGCUCCUUGCCCUCAGCACAGAAGCCAUUCUUCAUAGUAACAAUACUUGGGAUAUGGAAUCUGAUCGACAGGCUUGCAUAGUAACCCUUGCAAUUCUCAUUGGCCCAAUGUUUUCAUAUAUACUGUACAACUUGCUUGUUUUUCUCCCAUAUCUUAUAUUUUCAAUACUUGCAACAAGGUACACAAUAAGCAUGGCCUUGCCACUGCUCACUGUCCCACUGGCUUUUUCUCUAGAGAGACAAUUCAGAAGUCAGAACUUCAACAAAAUUCCACAGAGGACAGCCAAAUUCAAUCUCCUUGUUGGCAUUUUUUAUGUAUUUGGGAUUGUUCUAGCCCCCGCUGGCUCUCUUCCGUGA